AUGGCUGACGAUUUAGCUAACAAUAGGACGGUAGGAAACGAAAAAGAUGAUAAACCGCCAGCCACGACGAACGAAAAAAAACGACGUGUAUUGUCAAGAGAACUUCGAUGUAUGAUGUUUGGCUUUGGAGAUGAUAUAAAUCCCUAUAGUGAAUCGGUUGAUGUCUUAGAAGAUCUUGUUUUACAAUAUAUUACAGAUAUGACAUUAAAAGCAACUGGAAUAAGCAAACAAGGACGUAUUCAGGUCGAUGAUAUUUUACAUUUAUUAAGACGUGAUACUCGAAAAUAUACAAGAGUAAGAGAAUUAUUAAUGAUGAAUGAAGAAUUGAAAAAAGCUCGAAAAGCAUUUGACUCUUCUAAAGAUUAUGAAUAA